AUGACUGGAAAGACACGUGUUCGAUUUGCCCUCGCCGCCCUUGCGGUGACCGCAGUCGCGAGUGUCCUCCAGUCCGAGGCCAUCACAACAGGCCCCCGGGCCGUGAAAUCUGGCACAAGACUCGUUGGAGCCGCCGCCAGACGCGUCUUAGACACGGCAGCACGCCAAGCGCGGCCUGCGACAGCUGCCGGGAGGCUCGGAACACCGGCAGGCAGCACCCCACCUGGGGCCGUCAGCCCACCAGUCUGGGCAUCUGAAAAAGUACCGCAACGUGAGUCGCUUGCCUCCCGCGUGUCAAGUCUCGCGGGAGGAACUUCACAGCAACAUUUUGUGAACCCGGAAGGAGGCGACACCGGAGGUGAGGACGAUACCGGGCUUGUCGACCAAAACGAGGCUGGUGAUCCGUCUCGUGGACCGGGGGGUCCCAAGGACAUCAAUGCUGCUCUCGCGGGCACUCCAGCGGGUAUGUAUGCCGGAUCCAACUCCAAUCUGACUCCCGAAGAAAAACGGGGUCUCUUGAAGUUCGAGCAGAAGUACAGCAGAGUCCGUAAACAGGCGUUAAUGGCUGGUCAACAUCUUAACAAUGACAGGGACUCUCGAGGCCGGCUGAGGAGAGGAGCGGUAGGGAGAGCCGUUAAAUACGCCAACGACAACUACACGGAUUAG